CGGCUUUGACGUUUCUCUCAAUAAAUAAAUGAUCUACCGCGUUUGGCGGCAGGUUUCGCUUUCUCGUAAAUUAUUGGCUUUUUUUUCAAUCAUGCCACGUGGAAAAGCGACCGUUGCAAACAAAGAAGCUACAACUAUAAAACUGAAUGUAAAGAAAAAUAAAUCUCCAUACAAGGAUGAAGCCAAUUCACAAAUAAAAUUAGAAGUUCAAGAAAUAGUGCCAGAGGAAGACAUGAGCUGCACUCAAAGUAAAAGUCCUAGUCUAGAUUUAAGCAAGUUCAAAUUUGAAAAGAAACCUCAUAUCAAAAUUGAAUAUGAAAAAGAGUCUCCAGUCAAGCAGGAAACAAAAGGCCUCUGGGAACCACCCCAUUGGCAAGACUUUCUCCUCAACCUGAGAAAUAUGAGGGCCAAUAAAGAUGCCCCUGUGGAUACUAUGGGUUGCCACAUGUCUUCUGAUCCUAAAGCACCACCAAAAGUGAUCAGAUACCAGCAUCUCAUUUCCUUGAUGUUAUCAAGCCAAACAAAGGAUCAGGUUACAUUUGCAGCCAUGGAGCGACUAAGAGAGAGAGGGCUCACCAUAGAUAAUGUAUUGAGUAUGAGUGAUGAUGAACUAGGGAAGUUGAUAUAUCCUGUAGGAUUUUGGAAGACAAAAGUGAAGUAUAUAAAAAAGACAACACAAACUUUGAAAGAACAGUACAAUGGAGAUAUACCAGAUUCAGUGGAGAAACUUUGUAAGCUGACUGGAGUUGGCCCGAAGAUGGCACACAUUUGUAUGAGUGUUGCCUGGAAUAAGGUCACUGGCAUAGGUGUAGACACCCAUGUGCACAGGAUUAGUAACAGGAUAGGUUGGGUGAAGAAGCCUACAGCCACUCCGGAAGACACUCGCAAGGCGCUGGAGGCCUGGCUGCCUUUUGAGCUCUGGGGUGAGGUCAACCACCUACUUGUAGGCUUCGGACAAACAAUCUGUCUACCAAUUGGCCCAAACUGUGAGGAGUGCUUAAACAAUGACAUCUGCCCUUCCAGAGGUAUAAAAAAGUCACCUAAGAAAACAACUCCCAUGAAAGUUAAAGAAGAAAUUGACCCAUUAGAUGUUAAGAUAGAAAAAGCUGUGAAAAAAGUUUUGAAGAACUUGAAACUUGAUGAAGAUGGGGUAACAUUGAAUGUUCCAAAUGCAAAAGCUCCAAAAGUAAGUAAAAAAAGUCCUAAAAAAGAAACUAUAAAAAAAGAAGACAACAGUAUUAAUCAAGAAGUCAAUUUAAAAGUUCCUGUUGAAUGUGAAUCAAAUUCUGAUACCAAGGUACAAAGGAAAAGGAAAGUUACUCCUAAAAAGGGUGUGAAAGAAGUCAUUGAAGAUUGUGCAAAAAAUUUAGCAGCUGUAUCAAAUUCAGAAAAUUUGCAGCAAAGUAAAAGAAAGGUAACACCUAAAAAAGGUAAAGAGCCAGCUGAUGUUAACAUUAUUGAAGAAUGCUUAACAGUACUAAAUAUCUGUGAUAAAACUGAUAAAAAUGAACCAAGAAAAAGAAAAGUUACACCUAUAAAAGAAAGUAAAGGAUCAGAUAAAAGUAUAAGUACAAAUAACCUUGACAGCAAGGCUCCACCAAAAAGAAAGAUUACUCCCAAAAAAGCACAAUUACAUCAGAAUAAUGAUGAUGAUGAUUUUGUACAGCCAGUGUUACUUGAAGUGAAAAGUAAUGUGCAGAAAUCAGCUAAAGCAAAAAAAUCACCAGUCAAACGUAAAUCACCUAGGGUUCAAAGUAACACGGAUGAUAUUAAACCAGCCAGUAAUAAAACUGGUAGAAAGAAAACUAAGAGUUGCUAAAGAAGUUGCUGAGCAAUUUUUUAAUAGGGAAUAUUACGCGAAACUCUACAUAGGGGGCGCCACUACCAAAAUCCAUCACAAUCUGAGGGUCUACUGGGAAACAAGAGAAUCGAAAUUUCGUUAUCUAUCCUCUAUCACUCUUGCUUAUUCGAGUGAUAAAGAGGCAGAUAACUAAAUUUCGAUUUUCGCGUUUCCCAUGUACUUUGUAAA